AUGAGCAGCCCGGCCGGAGCGCCAUGGCUCUACCAGAGUCUGCCAUCGAGCACGCGGCCGCUGCAGCUGCCAGCGAGCGACAAGCCGCUGUACCUCAACGCAGCGAGCCUCAAGAGUCUCUUCCAGAUGGACUCGCCGGGCUUUCAAAUGGCCAAACACCCGUUCCUCCAGCCGACGGCCGACCUUCGGCGCAAGCGACUCCAGCACGUCGCCGCGCUGACGCUCCCUCGUCACAAGACGAACCAAGCCGACGACAAGUCAAGCCACGUAGUACGCAAGAAGCCCUCCAAGAAGCGGGCGCGGCCUACAAAAACCCGACCGCUCAUUGCACCGCCGGCGCUAGACGAGCGCGCGUCGAUAGACGAUGCGCAGCGUGCAGCCCAGGCAGCGCAAAUGGGCUUGACGCUGGACGAGUUUAACGCGCUUGAGGCGCAGUUUGGCGGCCAAGCCCUCAACCAAAACGAGAUGGUCGAGCGGUACCGCGCUGUCUUUGACGAGUACGAUACGGACAAGAGCGGGUCCAUCUCGCCCGACGAGCUCCGGACGCUGCUCAAGGCCAUGGGCGAGGCAGACUUGGACGACGGAGAGAUCAACGACAUCAUUCGGCAGGCCGACGCUGACAACAACGGCUCGAUCGAGUUUGAAGAGUUUAUCAACAUGAUGAAGGCGCGGAAGCGGCUCCUCGCGGUCGCCCAGCACGUCGGCGCGAUGGCGAGUGCGUCCAAAUCGAAACUUUCGCUCGUUGCCGAUGCGGGGCUACCGCCGCUCAAGGUGGCGCCGCAGCGCUCCAAGCGCCAUCUUCAGCAGUUCAACAGGUUCAUGGCGCGGCCGACGCCAAGCUGCUUGCAGGCCGGCGCGCCCACGGACGUCGCCGCGCUCCGUCGCGAGCUCGCCUUGUCCGAGUACGGCCUCAAGACGCUCGAUAUGAAAGUGCGGGAAGAUGUGCAGUGGGUGCAAGCCAACUGCCCCGUCACGUCGCUCAAGGCGCAGCUCUUUUGCCAAAAGUGGGGCGCCGAGAAAAUGAACAAGUUCUUUUCCCGCAUUCUGCUCAACUUUCAAGCCCGCGCGUUCUACAAGUGGAUCGACUACCUCACCUUUAUGGCGGCCAAGCUCAAGGCCGACAAGUACCUCAAAGUCAAGGCCGGCGCGCGCCUCCACACGCUCAUGCACGCCUGGAAGCACAAGUCGCUCGUCCGUGCGUGGUUUGCGUGGACCCAAGAGGCCAUCGACCAAGCCCGCAACGAGCGCAAUGCGAGCGCGAUCGAGAUUCAGAAGCGCGCUCGCGGCCUCCUCGUGCGCGUCGCCCGCCUCCAUCACCGCCAAGACGUCGGCGCGGUCGCCUUUCAGCGCAUUGUACGCGGCCACCUCGGUCGCUGCGCCGUGCGGCGACUCCGCCAACAUCGCCUCGAAGUCGCGAGCGCGUCGCUGCUGCAAAAGUGCUACCGAGGCUUCGCGGGCCGGCGCCUCGGUCGCCAGCUCUUCCGCGUACAGGCCAUGAACCGCGCCGCAAUUGUGAUCCAGACGGCGUUUCGAACGUACCAGCAGCGGCUCUUUGCGCGCGAAGUGCUCUACGUCAAGCGCCAGCACCGCGCCGCCGUCAUCCUUCAGUGCGCGGCACGGCGCAAAGCCGCGUACCUCGAGAUCGCCCGGCGCCGGCUCGUGCGCCGGAAGGCCAAAGCCACGCGCGACCUCCAGCGCUGUGUGCGCGGCUGGCUCGGUCGGCUGCGCGUGCGUGGCAUCCGACGCCGUCACAGCGCGGCAACACAGAUUCAGCGUCUCUUCCGGGGUCAUCGCGCGCGAGUACGCGUCACGCGCCUGCGCUGCGAGAAGGCCGCCAAGCGUCUUGCGGUCAAACGUGACCGCGCCGCACUCCGGAUUCAGGCGUUUUGGCGCGGCGCCACUGGAAAGUACGCCUACCACCUGCGGCUUCGCGCAACCCGCGAACAAGAGCAGCGACUGGCCGCCACGCGCCGCGCGAGUGCGAUUCGCGUCCAGAGCCUCUACCGCGGCGUUCGAGGUCGACGCUACUGCAACGCACUGGACGCCGAGCGUACGCUGCGUCGUCGCCAGCAGCUGCAGCACCGGUCAGCGCUCCAAAUCCAGCGACGCUGGCGCGGCCACACCGCCACCCGCGACGUGCACUUGCGGCGGCAGGCCAAAGCCGCCCUCGACAAGGAAGAGCAUUUCGCGGCCAUCAAGAUUCAGUGCCUCGCGCGGUCCAAGCAGGCGCGCAACCAUGCGCGCAAGCUGCGCCGCGAGCGCAAGCGUCAGAUGCUGCUUCGCCAAGAGCGCGAAGAAGCCGCCGUCUCGAUCCAAGCCGCGCUCCGGGGGCACUGGGGUCGGCAGCGCGCCGCCAAAAAGAAAGCACUUUUUGAAGCCAACGCGCAGGCCGCGCUCGCCAAGCUCGUGCGCGAUGCACAGGAGACCGCGGCUGUCCGCAUUCAGUGCUGCAUGCGCGGGUACCUCAGUCGGGAGCGGUACCGCGUCCGGCUGCGUGAGCACCGGAUCAAAGUCGCAGCGCUCAACGCGGCCCAAGAACGCGCCAAUGCCGCCAUCCGCAUCCAGUGCUUCCUCCGCAAGCGCAAGGCGGUGCGGAUGCUGGCGCUGCGGCGCGCCGAGUUUCAAAAGCGCAUUGCGAUGCUUGCGUCCGAGAAGGCGGGCGACGAGAUCGCACGCUUGCGCCAAGAACAGGAGGUCGAGCUGGCGCAGAUGAAGCUGCAAAUGCUGCUGGAGAAAGGCGCGAUCGAGGCCGAGGCCGCGCGGCUCCGCGCUGAAGUCGAGCAGCAGCGAUUGGUGCAGCUCGCAACGCUUAAGAUCGACGAAGCCACGCUCGCCAGCGACAAACUCGCGGCGAUGCUCGAGCCGUCGCACACAAGCGCGGCGCUCCAGGACGCGCGCGAGCUCGAGGCCAAGCGCGAAGCACUCGACCGCGAGCGGCAGCAACUGGCGUCAAUGGAAGAGAAGCGCCGUCGGGCCGCCGACGAAGAUGCCAAGCAGCGUGACGAAGAUGCGCGCCUGCGCGUGAGCCAAAACCUCUUGCAGCUCGAUACAGCCAAGUCCCUCGAGCUCGCGCGCAAGCAGGACGAGCAGCUCCAAGCCGCCAAAGCACUGACGGCCGAAGCCGCCAACCGCGUGGCAAAGGAGCGAGCUGCGCUUCAGAUUCAAGCGUUUGUCCGCGCGAGCUUGAGUCGGAAGCGCCUCAAGCGCAUCCAGGAAGAUCAAAAGCGGCAGCUCGAAGCGAUCAAGGACGUCCAAGAGCGCGCCUUGUUGAAAGCGCGUCUGGAGAAGGAAGAAGUCAAGCGCCGACUGGUCGAGGCGCUCGAGGACGAAGCCCGCGUCCGGGAGCAAGAGGAGCGAGAGCUCGCGCUUGUGCUCGAGCAGAAAAAGAUCCGCGAGCAGCAGCGCGUCGCAGAGCGCAAGGCCAAAGAUGUGGCCGCGCGCCGGAUCCAGGCGGCGGGCAAAGGCUACAUCGCGCGGCGCCAGGUCCAAUCCAUGCAGGCCAAGAUCGAGGCCGAGCGCAAACGGCGGGAAGCGCAGGCUGCCAAAGAAGCCGCGGCCGAAGAAGCGGCGGCGAAGGCGAAGGCCGACGCGGUGGCCACCUCGACCAGCGACGACGAGUGGGUCGAAUACUGGGACGAGAACGCGCAGGCGUCCUACUACUUUAACAUUCGCACCCAAGAGGCGAGCUGGACAAAACCGGGCUACACCAACCCUGCCGACGUGGCGGCGCAGCUGCUGAGCUACUCGAACGCGAUCUCGACGCAAGAUUACACGACCGAGAACGUGGGCGGCUACUAUAGCGCGACGACCAACGAGUAUGGUUUCUACGACGAGGCAGGCGUGUACCACUACUACGACGACGGCGCUGCGGCCAGCGGCAGCGACGGCUGGGCGCAGUACGUGGACGAGGCGUCCGGCGCGGCGUACUACUACAACCACUACACGGGCGAGCGCUACUGGGCCUAAGACAGCUCUAAGACGCAAGUAAACGUAAUACGAAC